AUGCCUCAGUUACUUCAGAACAUAAAUGGAAUCAUUGAGGCCUUCACUCGCUAUGCCAAGACGGACGGGGACUGCAAGGCGCUGACGCGAGGGGAACUGAAAAGACUCUUGGAGAAUGAGUUUGCUGAGGUCAUCGUGAAACCCUACGACCCAGCCACUGUGGACAAAGUCCUGCGCCUGCUGGAUGAAGAUCACACAGGGACUGUGGAAUUCAAGGAGUUCCUGGUACUGACGUUUAAAGUUGCCCAGGCCUGUUUCAAGACCCUGAGCGAGAGUCCCGAGGGACCUUGUGGAUCUCAGGAGUCUAGAAGCCACCACCAUGAGACCUCACAAGAACUGAGGGAGGGACAGAAAAGUUGCACUGAAGUGGGAGGGCCUGGGAGAGGUCAGCUCCACGAGGGGAGUAGCCACGGACAGAGUAAGCAGGCUUCCACAGGGCAAGGCAUCAGCUCUACUCAGGACAGUCGCCAUGACAGGCAAUCUGAGGUCCAGACACAAGCGGGAACGAUCCGGGAGACACAAGAGACCAGACACUCAGAGUGGAGCCAAACAACAGAAGACAAGAAUCAGACCAGAACAGGGCAGUCAGAGAGGCCAUCCCAGACCUCAGGACAGGACAGAGCACACCAGACCAGUGGGACAGUGGCUGGAACUGUAACUCAGACCCAGACAGGUGCUAUCCAAACCCCAGGUCAGAACAGCAGCCAUCAGACAGGGAGCAGUGGCACCCAGCCACGGGAGUCCACAAGUGCCCAGACAGGAGGGGCUCAGAUCCAAGGUCAGCACAGGAGCCAGACCAGCCAGGCAGUAUCAGGGGGAAACAUUCAGACCCCAGCAGGGUCUCAAAAUCAGACUGUGCAACAAGACAGGAACCGUCAGACAGGAAACACCAGUAUCCACUCACAGGAGUCCAGUUACAGUCAGACUAGGGAAAUCCAUGGUCAGAACAGGAUCCAGACCAGUCAAACAGUGACAGGAGGACAUGUUCAGACAGGGUCACAAAUCCAGACCCCUGAUCAUCAUGAGAACCGACAGACAGGAAGUUCCAACACCCAGUCACAGGGAUCCACUGGUGGCCAGACCCAAGGGAUUGAGACCCAAGGCCAAGACAGGAGCCAGAUGGGCCAGGUGAUAACAGGAGGACACAUUCAGACCCAGGAAGAGUCACAAACCCAGGUGCACCCCCAGCCCAUGGAGCAGAGCUGGAACCAGACAGGAAGUCACCCAGGAGCUAGAGAGCAGGGACAGAACCAGACACAGUCAGACAUUGGUCAAGGAGAGACACAAGAGAGAAAUGUUGAGGCAGGAGAGACCGUGCAGGGAGGAGAGGCUCAAAGUGGGGCAAGUGCUCUGACAGACGGGGAGAGAGAGGGGGAGUCCCAGCCCACAGGUUCCCCAGUGGUUCAUGAGGAAUGGGUGGAUGACCAUUCAAGGGAGAUAGUGGUCCGAAGGCAGGACCAGAGCAGCUCGCACACCAGCACGUCUUCUGCUCAAGGAGGAGAGGCAACCCAGCCUGAAGGUACACGAGGGAUCACAGCUAAAGGCCUGUAUUCCUACUUCAAAAGCAGCAAGCAGUGA